CACACCUUUGGCUGGACAUUCACAUCCUUCCCAGCUUUCUGCUUCACAUCUGGAUAUCUCUCCUCCCCCAACCUCCACUAUGAAGACUGCUCUGGCUCUUGUUUUCGUUGCGGCGGUCGCAGCGCUGCCAGGAAUCCGUCACCGCCGGGACAGCUUCCCCGACGCGUUCGAGCUCCCGUCCAACGCCAGCCUCAUCCUCGGCAACAUCAUCACAGGAUUUGACUGCACCGACCUGCCUUACGGCUACUACGCCGACACCGCCAACAACUGCCAGAUCUUCCACGUGUGUCUGCCUUACAUCCUGUUCGACCAGCUCAUCACCAGGCAGUUCUCCUUCUUCUGCGGCGAGGGCACGGUCUUCGACCAGGAGAAGCUCGUGUGCGCCUUCCCCGAGGACGCUCUGCCCUGCAGCCUCGCCAGCGAGUACACGCGAGUCAACGAGUACUUCGGCCAGACGGAGAGGAACUUCCUCGAAUAGGUUCAGAUUCCUUUGGGCUUGUGCAUCGUCUCCCUGGUGGCAACGUUGCAGGUCCCUUCAGCAGGGCUGGUGUUUCCUCUGCUGAUUCUAUUUUGUUGGUGCUUUGUCGUUUCAUAAAAUAGAUCUUGUUUUCGUUUGUUCUUUGUGCUUGUACACAGUUCAUGCAGACUUUUGUUUUAUGUACCGUUCCAAUACAUUUAUAUAGUUUUUA